CGUAAAAUUUAAAAAUAAUAUUUCAGCGUUAAACUAACACCAUGGAUGAAGAACAGGCUACAAUUGAAAGCCAGUUCUUUGCUUUCGCAAAACUUUUUGAAAGCAAAACGCGAACUGGUGAAACCAUCACACUCUUCCAUUCGGACUACUGGUUGCGACAAGCCAGCAUUAUCGACGACAGAAAGGUUACUAUGACUGACACAGGAAUAUUAUUCAAUAAAUACGGUAAAUCAGAAAUAGACCAAACUGAAUGGUUAGAAAUGAUAACAGAACUUUGCGUUUUGAAGCAACUCGACGAGCCUAAAACCCUAGAAUUGUUGAUAAACUGCGGUCUUCCAGGAGAAACGCCUGUCGACAUACCUAUGUAUCGAACAUUCUUUGGGACUUACAAAUCGAAAAACCUGCUGGAAGGCCAAACCAGUGUAGCUAACAAAUUAGCUGGACAAAAAUAAAUUGCAUAACCUAAAUAGCUAUAUUUUUAUGAAAAUCACAAAAUAAAAUAUACGGCCGUUUUCGUUCGUGGCGACGCGGAAAAGUUAACUGUCCAAGCAGACACUGACUGACGCGAAAAGUCGAAAGGGAGUUAACAAAAUGUCAACUUGAAGCUUGGUCACCCAAAAUGUUUUGAACACUUCAUGUCAUUUUAUGUUAUGUGCACUGUGUAAUUUUAUAAAAUAAAAAUAAAAGAAGUGGUUCAUACUAUUUCUAGAAUUAGUUAUCGAUUUAUUACCUUGAAUAACUAUAAAGGUAUCACUGGAGAACUUUACACGAGCAUCUAUUUUUCCAAAUGUAAAUACUGAUAUGAUAUAUUAUUGUAAGGUUUCUUUACGACUAAUUUGGGCAAGAAAAAAAUUGUGAUAUCCUUGAAAAUUUUACAGCAAAACUUUUACGCGUUUUCUCCAAGUAUUAGAAUCCGCGUGAAACGGCAACGAUUUCUACAUCGCCACGUGACUCGUUAUAACAUCGAGGAAAAAUAAUAUUCUGACACCUAAUACCCGGGCUGAUAUUUCACCUGCGAGUCUAGAAUUCUCAGGAAUCGAUCAGGACUCGAUAAAAAGCUAUCUAUGCGAGUAAACAUCAGCAAUCAAUGCGAAACGUAGGUUUAUUUGAUAAAGCCGUGUACUCAAACGCUAGUGAAAAGUUAUUAAAAAUGGACGGCUUUUAGAAUUUAGUUUUAUUUCGUAUGGUUCUUGAUAAAUUCUUCGGACUUUAAUAUUUUUUCUAAUCAGCUUAAACUUUGAUAUGAGGUUACCAUCAGGUUAGUUCUGGCUAGAGAACGUUAUUAGUCGAAGAAAAGUUACUAACUAUUUACGUAACGUUUAAAGCAGGAACUAAGUUCUGUAUGAAAGGCAAAUCUUCACCUAAUUACACUUACACAAUAGUUAAAAUAAAUAACUAAAGAGUAAACUAAAUGCCAAUCCCGUAAUUGAAAUUGAAUUGAAAACAUUUCAAUCUGUGAAAAUAGUUUUGAAAACCGCGAACGUUACAUUGUUGUUUGUGUCAAAACCAGCUGGAUUUAACACGGGUUCUCGGAAUACGUCAAAUGUGGAUAGUCAUGCGAAUUCGUGCAUAUGUAGCUAUUGCCUGAAAGUACCUCAGGCACUUCCACUAAAAGCCAGCUUAUAUACUACUUUGAAUCCAAAAUCAAUACUCCUGCCACUUCACAUGAAUUUCAACGUACUUUCUCUGCGAACCGAAAGUUUGACUGAAAAUUUAUUACAAAAAGUAUUGUUUGAAUAUUCGGGGAAUCCGAACAAGUGGUGUAAGCACACUCUGAAAACUUGUAUAUUUUUGUAGUUUUUAAUCCUUUAUUUCAUACGUAGUUAUGUUUCGGUAGUUUACAAUCCAACUGUAAUACUUUGUUUUUUUACGAGUUGAAAAGAAUGUUGCUCUGGGUCGAUACUACUACAACUAGUUAAAAUCAUAAUAGGUGUAUUACUACUACGUAAAACAUAUAACAAUAUGAAAAAUAUUAAUUAGUUAGUUAUUUCGUUAUGAAUUCUAUCGUAGUUGAAAUCUUAGUCGGUGCAUUGACACUUGGCGAAUUUUCUCUAUCGCUAGAAUAAUGGCACUUGUCAAUAAAGCUUGGAUUCUUAAAAGUAUUUGGAUAUAUCAGGAAGAAUAUGCUUUUAAAAAGCUUUUUUUAAGCUUGGUAAAGUCUUUUGCUUGUCAUGCUUUAAUUGGAAUUUGCUGUAAUUUCAACGUUCAGCCAAAAUAAAGGAUAUUUUCAUAAAAGUGUAGUUAAUUCCAGGUACGAUUAAUAUUUUCUGAGCGGCCAUGUUGGAUACGGUGACAGUUCCGUUAAUGCCAAGUAAUUUCGAAUCGAAUUCCCGGGAACUGUUUUGAACGGUCGAGUUGACGUAAAGGGUUUUAAAAUAACAUUGUUUUUCGAAAGCAAGGUAACAUUUUAUAAAAGGCUUGUACUGUGUUUGAGCCCGGGGGUGGUAAACACGUUUUUUGUUUUUUUUUUUUCAGUUCCUUGCAUUCUGGUUGGCUUUAAACCAAUGUUGAAUCGCAAACACAUUUUAUUAAAUUCAGAUAACAGUGAAAUAGUUUUCCAUUUACAAAGACAAUGUAAACUGUGAAGGUUUCCAUAGAUUUUUAAAAGUAAACUGUUUUGUUUGGUUGUUCUUCAAUAAAAUACUUAUCUUAAUUAGUUAUUUAAUACGAAUAUUGAUAUUGCUGUGCGUAAUUAUUUGCUUGCGUCUAAAAUUUUAUUCAUUUUUUGAUACAUGGGAAUUAGGAACUAACUGGUUGCGUCUCUAAGGAUCCCAAAUAUGUAUAGAAACCGUUUUUUUUUAUAUAAAAGGGAGGUUCGACUGCAAGGAUAAGUGUAUUUAAGGUGCAAUGCUACCAACUGGUGCUGCUGUAUUUUACUAGCUUGCUAAAUGUCGUCAUGUGUAUAGAAUAGUGCGUUACUAACUAAUCAUUUACUACUAAACUAAUCAUUUUGUUUAUAUUACUGUGGAUGGCGCGAGGUAAGAAACGAAUCAAAUCGACACCGUUUCCAAACUAAUCAAGUAUUUUUUUUAAGUUCUCAUAAUAAAUAAUGUGAUUUAUUAACUAUGUGAAAAUUAAGAGUUCAUUUGGUAAAUCAACCUCAUCAAGACUUAGACUGGACCUGAU